CUAAGCGAAAGAGUAGGAGAAGGCGAAUGUAAUCAGGAAAUCAGCUGUCAAAGACAGCUGGUCGCCGUGCCUCGUGACGAAGGUAAACGUGCCGGAGACACCAACACGUUGAGAUCAGCAUGUAGUGGAAGCAUGUCUCUGUUAUCGAGCGACGUGAACGACGUCGGUAACGGCGGGGAUAAAUCGGAGUGCGCAAACGCCGGUCGUGGAGCCGAGUCGCGCCCUCAGAGACCGAAGCUGAGAGAAAUAGCACGAUUCUGGAUAAACUCGUUGAGAGCGGCAAUCUAUGCCGGGGAUGCCGGAGUCGCCAGGGUAGUUGGCAUCGCCGCCGGGACGCCCGAAAUGGGCAAUCUACAAAGCGAUGCCAAACGGAAGAAGAAGAACCGAUCCAACGACGACACCAGCAGUCGAGCCGCAGAUCCCACCUCCAAGCUCUCGCAGAGUCUGGAUGAGCUGGACCAGUCCGAGCACAAGGUCGCAUUCGAGAAGGUCCAGACCUCGGCCAGAAGGCAGAAGGUACCGAAAGCCUCACCAGAAAAUCCCGGAUUUCAAGACGGCCGGCGUGACGAGAAAGAGGAAGAAGAGGCAAAGGACAUCGUCCACCCCGAUGCCGGGGCUCCGCCGGAAUCCGGUCCUGUCCCCCCACCUCAGCCUCUCGAAUCCUCGCGUCCCCCGGACCCCUGGGACCGCUCGGGGCCCGAGGGACCCCCACCCACGUCCCUCAGCGUCGGCUCGGAGGGGCCUCCUCUGCUGGUCACGGACUCGUGGCAUCGCGCGAACAAGAGCCUGGUUACCCCUGAUGUGCCCACGCCGCCGAGCCAGGAGUCAUCGUCCAGCGACAGCGUUUUCACCGAUCCCGGCGGCAUGGUCGCAGAUUCGGGAUCCCUGCCUCCCGUCAGGGACGAGCAUCCCCUACCUGCCGAGGACAGGGAAGACCGGACGAGAACCCGAUUCACCGUCGCCAGGCACAAGAAAAUCGACCUCCCGCCUGCCUCGCAGCGAGUCAACGGAUCGACGCUCAACGCCGCGACACCAACAUCCGAAACUUCACCCCGACGUCACAGUGCUAAUGAAUCACUCCCAACUGAGAGUAACGUUCUGCGACGAGUGGCCAGCCUCACCCUGGACCGAGCCACCGUCGAAGGACGUUCCAACAACAGGCCCAGAUUCGUUCCAGAGAAGCUUGACUUCCGGUUGUACGAAAAAUUUGAAGGACAACACCUGAUGAACUGGCUCGUCGCCGGGCUACCGGAUCACCUGAGACACCAGCUGACGGAAGGUGAUCAGAAGAAACUCGGUUCCACGGUCUGUGCCCACCUGGUUGCCGCCGGAGUUCUUAAACCACUAUCAGACAGGGUUGCGUCAAAGGACGUUAACUUCACGCCAGACCUGAUGUACGAGUGGUCACACCAGGAAUCUCCGCUGCCGGUGAUAACAAGCCCGGGUAAGUUGCGACGUGAAAGCUGGUCGCCAGAAAACAUGCGUCGUCUUGAGGAAGAACUCAGCGCACUACGGAGCGAGGUGACGCGAUUACGAGGGCUGAUAAACAGCUACGAGAAAUUGGCGAUGGGUCAAGCAACCCAGACAUCACCGGAGAAACUAUCGCCGACGAAGAGCUUUGUGGAAAGUGGUAGAUUCACAGCCAGUCCGAUUGACGGCUCGCUGGAAUCCUCGGAAAAGUCCUUUUCUCAGAGGUUCGAGGACUCCAGAUAUGACGGAAUGCCAGGAGCUUUGACAUUGUCGCCCAUUUCUGAGAACGAGACGUCGCUUGAUCAGUGGACGAGCGAAGACCAUCAUCCCCAAGGAUUUUCGUCGCCGAAGGAAAGCGGCACUGCCGCACCUGAGGCGAAGCCGAUGGUGGAGAACGGGAAGAAUCCGGAACUUUCUAUCCUUGCGAGAAGAUUUACCGAUAUGAAAAUACAGGACGAAACCAGCAUCGAAAAUACGAAUCUCGACUUUUCUCUGGCCAAGAUUAGCGCGGAUAUGACUAAGCUUACGGAGGAAAUAAACAAUUUGGAGAUGGCCAACGAUUCUAGGCAGUCCACAGAUGCUUUGAUUCUCAAGGAUCCUGUCAAUGAUGCUAUCAAAGAACCCACGAUCGUGGAGACCGUCAAUGACAUGGUCACUGGCCCACCACUAUCUCCCGCUAAUAAAACAUCCGACAACCUGCUUUCUGAAGUCCCAGAACCUACAUCUCAUUCAGUGGCGCCUAAAUUGAAGACCAUCGAAAGCCCGGUGGACGAUCAGAUACCUCAAAAUCCAGUGACUCAACCUCAACCUCCACCUCCUAUACCUGAUAUGCCUGAACCUCCACCGCCGGCUGAUCAACCGAUAGUUUCACCACCUCCACCUCCACCUCCGCCUCCACCUCCAAUAUUCGAUGGAGAACAAUUGGCAACAUCGGAAAUGGCUGCUGGUCCUCCUCCUCCACCGCCGCCGCCGCCUCUUCCAAUGCUAGAAAUGGGGGCGGGGCCAGUACCACCUCCGAUGCCUGAGAUGACAGUUCCUCCUCCACCCCCGAUGCCGGGAGUGCUGGCUCCUCCACCACCCCCGAUGCCAGGAAUGAUGGGACCACCACCACCUCCGAUGCCGGGAAUGUUGGGUCCUCCACCUCCUCCGAUGCCUGGAAUGGUGGGACCACCACCACCUCCGAUGCCGGGAAUGGCAGGUCCGCCUCCACCACCUCCACCUCCCGGUAUGGGUGGACCACCACCACCACCACCUCCAGGAGGAAUGAUACCACCACCUCCACCGCUAGGAGGAAGUAGCCCAAAGCCAUUUCCUGUACCUCCCGCUGGUGGAUGGAAUCCUCCAGGAAGAGCGACUUUACGGAAAGAGCCAUUGAAUCCAGCGGUGCCAAUGAAACCCUUGUAUUGGACGAGAAUACUAGUACCCGUAACGAUGACGCAGAAGCAGGAUGUUAGUCCAGAUUCUCCUACGCAGAUUCCGCUGUGGGCACAAAUAGAAGAAGAAAAAUCAUUGGACAUGACAGAGUUUUCAGACUUAUUUUCACGCCAAGUAAUUGACCGUAAGCCGACAAAGAAAAAAGACGAGGCGGAUAAACCGUCGAAAAUUCAACCUGCCAAAAUAUUAGACAGUAAAAGAUCCAAAAUGGUUGGAAUAUUGGAGAAAAGUUUGCAUGUUGAUUUCUCCGAAGUAGAGAAUGCUGUGUACACCCUCGACACGGCCGUUGUGAACUUGGAGGCUUUGAAACAAAUUUACGAAGUUAGACCGUCGCCUAAAGAGCUCGAAGACAUAACUGCUCACGAAGAAGCCCAUCCUGAAAUACCACUUGACAGGCCUGAAAAGUUUCUCAAACAACUAUCAUCCAUACCACAUUUUGCUGAGAGAAUAGCCUGCCUGAUGUUCCAGUCAGAGUUCCAGGACGCGAUAUCGAGUCUCUCUUCGAAACUAACGAACCUUAGGUCAAUUUGCGAAUACCUCCGGAAUUCAAACUCGUUGAAAAAAGUAAUGGCGCUGAUAUUGACGUUAGGGAAUUACAUGAACGGUGGUAACCGGAUGCGUGGACAGGCCGACGGAUUCGGCCUCGAGAUUUUGGGAAAACUAAAAGACGUCAAGUCGAAGGCACCCGGCGUGACCUUGCUCCACUACGUGGUGAGGGCCAGGUUGGCACAGGAAGAAUGUCAGAACCUCGAUGAACCUUUGCCGCUGCCAGUUCCGGAACCAGCCGACGUGGAAGCAGCCGCUACCAUCAAUUUCGAGGACUUGACUAAGGAGUUGGACAAACUUGGAAAGGAAUUGGAAGCUUGCAACGUUAAGUACAAAAUGGUUGCUGAUUCGAAUCCCGAAAACGUGGGACCCUUCAAGGAGAAGAUGGAGCUGUUCCUUGGCAAAGCUGUAAUCGACCUUGCCAAUGAAAAGGAAGGCUUGCAGGAGGCUAGACUUAAAUUCAAAGUUGUUAUGCAGUUUUAUCAGUACGUGCCCAAGGGUGCGACACUAGAUACGGCUGAUCCCCAUGAUUUCUUCGUACUGUGGCUGAGUUUUUGUAAAGACUUCAAGGAUAUAUGGAAAAAGGAGCAGCAACGAUUAGCUAAGGAGCGUCGUGAACGGGCGAGAAAAAAAUACGAGGAAAAACGACAAGUGGAGAAGGUGAAGAAGGGCAACACGGGAUUGAAAGCUAGAAUUCAAAAACUCGCGAAAAAACAGUAGCUGCAUAAGCACACAGAUAUAAUUAAAUAUGAAGAGUUUAAUAAAUUCAAUUCUGCAUUCCAAUUAUCGUAUAAGCUAUCUGAACGUAAGUAUGAAAAAACGAAAACGAACAAUUUUAUCUUGCCGAAUAUUGCCAAAAGUGCAUCACAGUCUGAUAUAUACACAUAUAUAUAUAUAUAUCAAGGGAGCCGCUCUAUGAACUAUUUAUACAAUUGUAAAAACUAUUCACACUGUAAGGUAUUGCUCUCAAAUUAAUUGUUAUUUCUAUUGCUCUAAAGUUAUGCUGUUAAAUUGUACAUAAAAAAUUGUAAAUACAUAUUUAUUGAUUGA